ACUCUAUGAUUAGGUUUAUGUCAUUUAACUAUAAUAACAAUAGUCAACACUCGUAUACAUUACCACCGCUAAUGAUAAUUAAACCGAAAGACAUAGGUCUACCAAUUAUGACACCAUUGAAGAUACACUUAUAUCUCAAGCCAUUUAUUGACAACAAUUUUGAUCUGAAAAACUUUUUGAUUGGCGCCAAACAAGCCUUAACAGUAAUAUCUGGUCACUUGUCCGACGGUAACAUUGAGACUAUCAAAUCAUUAGUCACUUGCGAGGCAUACAAUGAAAUAUCAAUGAAUUAUAGCCAAUACACGAAUCAACAGAAACAACUGUUAAGAGUUACUGUCGAUGAUAUUCAACAUUGUUUUCUGUAUAGUCUAUGGAUUAAUAAAUUGUCCAAAAAUGAGUUUAACGUCAAAAUGUUGACAAUAUUUGAUGUACUGAUUAACGGUCGACAAACUGAAGACAAUGUUCGCCAUGAGUUGCAACACAAGAAUCUCCAGUUCUUUGAUUUCCACCAAAAUUAUAAACUAUUGGAACAGCUUUUAGACAAAAAGUUUUUCUGUAUCUAUGAGUUUAGCAGACAUUAUACCACUGAUAGCAACAGCGAUUGGAUUGUAUCAAAGCUGGUCCACUACCGAAACAAAGAUCUGAUUAAACUGUAUAUACAUUAA